CGUAGAUUUCUUGAUUCAUAAUAAAACGAACAUAUGCCAAUAAUAAUGCUGCAUUAUCAGGUAAAGUUGACUCGUCCAGUUGUAUAGAGAAAUGGGUCUAUUGUUGCUUAAGGGAAUUCUUUUAAUGAUAUCAGAUGCAGGUUUGUGUAAAACAGUUUUUAAAACCUCUUCAACGGCUAGCAAAAUUAACUUCUCUCCGAUGGUAUGCGGUUUUCUGGAAUUUGCUAUAAGUAACGAGAGAUAACCAUCAUCAUUUCUUUGUGACGUCGAAGCGAAUAUUCUGUCCAGUGUAG